AUGGCUUCCAAGUUCCUACGAGAAUACAAGCUGGUAGUCGUCGGCGGUGGUGGCGUCGGAAAGUCUUGCUUGACCAUCCAGCUCAUCCAGAGCCACUUCGUGGAUGAAUAUGAUCCAACAAUUGAAGAUUCUUACCGCAAGCAAUGUGUGAUCGAUGAUGAGGUCGCUUUGUUGGAUGUCCUGGACACAGCAGGCCAGGAGGAGUACUCGGCAAUGCGGGAACAGUACAUGCGCACCGGCGAGGGCUUCCUGCUCAUCUACUCGAUAACAUCGCGCCAAUCCUUCGAAGAGAUCAUGACCUUCCAACAGCAAAUCCUCCGCGUCAAGGACAAGGACUACUUCCCCAUCAUUGUCGUCGCCAACAAGUGUGAUUUGGAGAAGGAGCGCGCAGUCUCCGAGCAAGAGGGUGAAGCACUGGCCCGACAGUUCGGCUGCAAGUUCAUCGAGACCUCCGCCAAGUCCCGCAUCAACGUCGAGAACGCUUUCUACGACCUCGUCCGUGAGAUCCGCCGUUACAACAAGGAGAUGUCUUCCUACCCCUCCGGUUCGGGUGCAUUCGGUGCCCGCCAGCCAGAGGGCAAGAUGGAUGUCAGUGAGCCUGGUGAGAGCGCCGGCUGCUGCUCCAAGUGUGUCAUCAUGUAA